AUGGCUCCUCUCUCUCUGGCAGCGUCUUUGACAGCCGUUUCCAUCAUAGCGAUGAAAGUCGUGUUGUUUCCCAUCUUUAUCUUCACGGUUUAUGUUAUUUUUAAUGAAGCCGUACGAUGGAGCCGAAGAAUCAAGGGCUUGAAAGGACCUGUUGGUCUUCCAAUAGUUGGAAAUUUGCUCGAUAUAAACAAAUCAUACACGGCUGAAAAGUAUCGGCAAUGGUCACUCAAAUAUGGCCCAGUGUAUCAGAUUCAGCUAGGGAAUUCAACAGUUGUUAUUGUGAAUGCGGCAGAGGAUGCGAAAACCCUGUUCUUGAACCAGACCUCGUCGCUAAUUUCCAGGCCUCUUUUCCAUAUAUUCCACAAACUGGUGACUAAAGAUGUUGCUAGCAUUGGUACUAGCCCUUGGAAUGAGAGCUGCAAGAACAGACGAAAAGCUGCUGCAGCAAGCUUGAACCGUCCAAAAGUUCAGUCCUACGAGCCGCUUAUCAUCAGAGAGACUGCGGAUUUUAUUGGGGACCUUACUGUAGAUUCUAGAAAUGGCGCCGUUGAUGUGGACUUCGCUGAUGCAAUCCAACGUCUAUCAUUGAACACAGUUAUGAGUCUGAACUAUGGCAUAAGAAUUGCGAAUACUAACAGCAUGAAACACGACUAUUCCGAAAUCAUUGAGGUCGAAAGCGAAAUCUCGCGCCUUCGCUCUACUUCGAAAAAUCUAUCGAACUACAUCCCACUUCUUCAGUUCCUGGAACCAAUAUUCUGGAAGAAGUCGACUGCCCACGCUGCAGAUAUUGGUAACCGUCGAAUUAAGUACAACAAUGAACUGCUUCAGCGAUUGAAGGAUGCCAUGGCUCAAGGCGUUGACAAGCCCUGUAUCCAGGGUAAUGUUCUACGCGACCCUGAGGCCACUGGUCUUUCGAACAAUGAACUUCUCAGUAUUAGUCUGAGUAUGAUGGCCGGUGCAGAUAGUAUCCAGCCUGCAAUUGGUUGGGCAUUUUUACUCCUGGCCCAUCGAAAGGACAUUCAGAAACGUGCAUUCGAGGAGUUUCAAAGUGUAGUCAAGGAUGACUAUUCCCUUCAUGAAACCAAGGAUGUAGAGUAUAUCCUGUCGGUGGUUAAAGAGACUUUACGGUUCUAUUCACCCGUUCCUCUUUCAAUGCCUCGCGAAAGCACUGCACCGUUACAUUAUAAAGAUACUAUCAUUCCUAAAGGCACAAUGGUAUUCCUGAAUGCAUGGGCCUGCAAUCAUGAUCCUGCUUUGUUUCCUGAACCAUGGCAAUUUCUACCUGAAAGGUGGCAGAAUUCGGGCUUGGAGAAGCAUGCUCAUCAAUUUGCUUUUGGCUAUGGAUCUCGGAUGUGUAUCGCUACACAUCUGGCGACACGUCUUAUCUACACAGUCAUCUAUCAUACCAUCGCGAAUUUUGAGAUUCACCCGGCACUAAAUGCGACAGCGGAUGAGUGGGAUUCUGUUCAGGGGCUCAAAGACCCGAAUGCACUGAGUUCCAGCCCGAGAGCGUCCAAAGCUCGAUUUACAGAAAGGCGCCGGUCAACUGAGUAA